AAGCUACCAUCGAACAGCAACUGGUAAAGUCUUUAACAUUCUUUGUGUUUCUCAUUUGUAAAGCUGUAAUAGAUUAGGUUUUCAACUGGUAAUUGAGUAGUUAGCUACUAUAAUGCCUUAUAGAUGUGAAUAAAGCUGGAAGUAUACAUAUAUAUUUGAUGAUGUGGCUUAUUGGUGAGAGUACUCGCCUAGUUGUAGAUUCAAACCCCAUCCCAUCUACCUUGGUUUAAGCAACCGAGCAGUGUCAUAAUUUCACACAUAAAAUGUGUGGCUUAGUACACAAUCAUAGACCAAAUUGAUUUGGACUUAUUGAUUUCAUUUGUGCGUUUUUAUCGCCGUAUGGAAACUAGUAAAUAACUAUGUCCAGCCUAGAGUUUUAUUAUAUUUCAGCCUUUCAAUAUAGAGUAUUUCAUCAGGUGUUUGAUAAAAGUGCAGUGCACUUUUCUCGUAUAAUAUUAGUCCAUCGUACUUCAAGAUUUCAAGCGAUAAGAUAAUAUAAUAAUAAUAUAUAAUAAUAGUAAUAAUAAGAUAAUAAUAUAUGUGGUUUCUGAAAUUAAGUCCCUACCUUUGAUUUCUUUUUAGUCAAAUGGAACGCUACAAGAUAUGGACAAUAGUGAUGAGGAGAAUAGCUCAGUUGUGCCCGUUAGUCAGUUAAAAUCUGAUACGACGAAAGAUGUCAGUACAGAAUUAAGCACAAGUAUACAAAAUAAUGAACCCUCUGAAGAUGUGGAUGUUGAAUUUGUUACUCAGAAAGCUUACCUGACAGCACUGCAACAGCGCACUGCACAAGAAAGAGAGGAAGUCGCUAGACUGCUACAACAGCGCGAUGAAUUAGCUGGACGCUUAGCGUCCCUUAAAGCAGCUGCUAGUAGAGCAUCUCUUGACAUUUCUCUUACCUCUGGUCAUAUGGUUGAAUCAACUCCUAUGACUGCGGCUCCGGAAGAAAAUAAACGUGAUAACUCAGUGACCGAAAUCUCACCUGACUUAUUUUCUAGUUUGGAAUAUAAGAAGCGCGAAUUACAGGAGUUAAAGGCUCAACUUCAACUCCUUCGAAAAGCUGAAGCAAAAGUUACUGCAUUUGCACCAAUUCUUCAACAUUCUGAAUCAAAAGUUGAUACUGUGUCUGAAGGUAGCCUAGAUAAUAAACAAACCUGUUCUACUCCACAGUCAGUUUUGCCAAAAAUUUGUCCACCUAGAGCAAGAUUUGAAAAUAAUGAAGAUGACAUCAGCAGACCAACAAAUGUUACACAAUUUACUGAACCUUCAAAGAAUGUAUCCGUGUCUUCCGCUUUACCAAGCAAAACUGACUCUAUAAAUUUUCAGCAACCAGAAGUGAUCUGUAGUGAUAAUACAGAGCGUUUGUAUGUUAAUAUGCGGGAAGCACGAAUACAAAUAGAAGAACAACGGGAUCUGCAUGAUCGGGGUACUUCAGCUAUUUUAAAUCAUGUGAACUCUGGGACGCAGAAAUCAUCACAGCACGUUAAUUGUAGCGGUGCUUCUGUUGCAACUAGUCAAGACCGAACAACCUUGGCAACCUGGGGUGGUUCUUCACCAGUUCCUUCAUGUUCUUCAGAGGCUAGUGACAAUGGGGAUGGAGUUAGCGUUGCUGAUUCCUUACCCUUGAUACUCGGAAGAAAUCCCUCCGAUAUUAUCCAGUCUGCUCCCAAUAGACAUUCUGAAAGUGAGAUCAGCACUAUUGCUGUCAAUACAUCUGAUAUCGAUCGAAAACCGGAGGCAAUUGUCAAACGAUCCUCUGGAAAACAUGGAAAUAUUCCCAUAGAAGGUUCAAACAACAAUGUUUUUGCUACAUCUACUAGUGAUGAUCCCUAUAAACUAUCUCUUCCUCAGGUUGGAAGAAGUCCAUCACCUCCAGCCCGUGAUAAAAAUAAUUCAGGUGAUAUCCAAACUCAAUCCAAUCCAAACAACUUUGUGGAUCAUCGGCCAAAUCCAAAACAAAACCUGUUAAGUGAAUCCAUAAAUACUUCUGCCAGUCAAACCGCUGGAAUUCAAGGUCACAUGGUUGUUGCACCCACUUGCGGUGAUUUUGAUGACGGUCGAAUGUCAGACCUAUCAUGUGCCAUAGCCAAUGACCGUAUUCAGCGUUUGGAAUCUAAUGUCGCCCAGCUUUACCAAGUUUGUCGGUGUUUAAUGCUUGAAAACUCUCAGUUGAAUGCUGCAAUCACUCAGUUAAUGUUGCACAAUUCAUCUCAGCAAGCUUUACCAGCACUUAGAACUUGUGAUCCAUCGACUUCAUCUGUUGGAUUGGCUGGUUUUCAUCACUGUCAGUGUAAUUUAUCAACACCAAGUUAUAACCAACUGUUGCUAACAGAUUUCUGGGCAUCCUACCAAGCAAUGCUUUAUAAACAGGAACAUCCCUCUAGAAACAUGCCCUGUACAUUGGGUACGUGUUCACGAAGUUCAGGUGUUUACGUCCCGACAAAUUUAAAGGAUACUGAUCAGGUGCUUUCACAAAGUGGAUUUCAUGGUAUUUCUCAAAUUCAGUUCUAUUUAGCUUUAAUUUUUUUGUGCGAUCUAUUAUUACUAUAA